AUGCCUAUCCCACACUACGGCGUAUGGAAAGGCUUCCCCGUUUCGUACCAAGUUGAUGGACCGCACGACCGCACUCCUCAUAUCAAUCUAUCCUUCAAAGAUGACAAGAAUGGAACCAUCGAGCGGAAGGCAGCAAUCAAUGUCAAGUCGCAGGGCCACCCAAACGAACUUGUCUAUUGGUUCGACCAUAAUUUCUCCCACCCUCUCACCCAGGACCUCGCACGUUUAGACUACGGCUUCCACGCCAUUGGGUCCCGUGACCGUGACACACGCGACCUUGCACUCGACUAUACCCGGACUCGCAGCCUGCUCCGAAUCCCCGAUGGGAGAAUCUUGCCAUUUCUCGAAGACGGGCCUGACAAUGACAUCCUCGAUCAACUCCGACCUAUCCUCGACGAGGCUAUCAGUAACGAGGCAGAAAUCUACUUGUACGGCUCGUCCUUCGGCUCUGGCAUUCAUGACGUCCAUAUGAACCAAGGAAGUGUCGGGUUUGACAACGGCGUGCGACAAGACGGAGCAUUCUUUCUGCAAUUCCCGGAUCUCCAUUGGGAAGCGGUGUUUCUGGCCUUCGCUUCGCAGCAGAUUCCAACCGAUGACCGAAAUGGGCAGCCAACGCCUGACAGCACAUCGCUGCAGAGAAUCAUCGGAAAUCAAGGGCGCGCUCGUCUCUGA